GUCAGGGAUUUCUGCAGCAAAAAUGUGAGCAGCAACAGAGACUGAGCAACUGUUACAGUGGGAUCCCAUGCUGGUGGCAAGAGACUCAGGAAAACAAAAAAAAAAGAGGUAGGGGAGAAAUUUAGGAACUGCCUAAGUUUGGGACAUUCAAAAACAUCCACUCUUCUACCAGAAGGGCUCUCAAAGAGCAUACACCACACACCUGAGCUGCUGGAGGCAGGUAUUUUUAUAGCAGCAGUUCCUAAAUGUUUGGAUCCUGGGGUCAAGCCCUUAAGCUCUCUCACAGAUACCACAAUGGACAAAGGAGUGAACAAAUACGUGCAUAUCACUGCAUAUUACCAUUUCAAAGGUGCCAUGUGGAUCACAGUCUGGGAAUUGCUGCUUUACCGGAAGGGAGGCCAAAAAUCUUUACAGUAGGCAGAGGUGAUGGCCAGAGUUUCAGACUUCCUUGUUCUCAUGUGGAGAGGAUAGCACUUUGCACAAAACCAAAUCCCUUUCAGGGAUGCAUGGCACAGUGCUCUACUAUGAAACUCAAACAGAAAAGGGAAAAAUUCUAACUUACUCCCACUCAUUCUCUUGAUCCCCCCCUAAAAAUGGUCUUCAAAUGCAAUAUUAAGGAGGAAAAUACUGGUCAUGGAAGAUGCCAGGCUCUAUACCCAGGUAUCUCCAGCUUUCCUUUGCAUCACAAACCCAGCAGCAAUCAGGCAAUUCCACAAACCCAUGCAAAUUAAAGUGUAGAGAAAUCCACCAAUGACCAUGAGGCUUGGAGACUUCUAGCUGCACAGUACACUUGGCAUGCACUUGGAAAGCACUGGCAAGGUCUCAUUCCAGAGCACAGUUAGACUGUGGCCCAGGAGGUUCAGAGGAUCCUCCUGGCUGGUGUCUGUCACAGCUAUGGUGACCUUGUUACCAGCUGCUGAGACUUUUGAAAAGGGAAAGAAAAACCACCAGUGCAGGGACAGGUUAAGUGCUCCUAGACCCAAGGUCCUGCUCUCCAAAUUGCAGCUCCCUAGAGCUCCUGCAGGUAUGUGCCAAGGACACAUUAUAGACCAACCACAGCUGCAAUGCUCAAAUGGAGGGAAAAAAAUUAAUUACUCUUGUGACCUGAAAUCAACCCUAUCGGCUCAAGCUGUCAAUAAGCAGUUGGCUUCCUGCUAAGCACAGACCAGAGCCAGCCCUGUAGAAAACGAGCUGUUCCUGGGAAGCCCAGGAAGACAAUGCAGCCAGCUGUAUCCAUAACACACUCCAAGGAAACAAUUUCCGCCACAGGCAGCACAGGGUCCUUGUGCCAGAGGAUGCUUCAGAGCUGGAGCUUCUACUGGCCAGUUUGAACCUUGUGGCACAGCACCAGGUCCAAAUGAACCACGUGCACUUGCAACCAACGCCCCUGGUAUUUCCAGUUCCCCAAACUGGGCUAAAAUAAUUUAUGGAACUUUAAUUACGUGCUGGAGGAAGGACAAUUCCUCUCUUCAGUGGCAGUAAAGGGAUUUCAGAAUGAAGCAGGAAUUCUGUUAACUGGAAAGCCUGUGGUCAUGCAGGUUGCAAGGUGAGGGGGUUUCCAGCUGAGUGCUGCCAAUCCCAUCAGCAAACAACUUGGGUCCACAGCUGCAAAUUAGUUCCUCUCUGCCCCCAGCUCUCCUAAACAGUUAACGUGUGGCUGUGAGACCAUCCUAUCUCCCUGUCUGCUAAACAAUAGAUCCAGCUAAACAAAUGCCUCCUAAUUGACUUUAAGCAACACUUGAUUGCUUUUACAAAAAACAAAAGAGAGGAAAACAUAAGAGUUUAUGAAAUAAUGACUAAUCCUGGAGCAAGAGAAAGGGGAUGGGUUGGAGCACUGGUGUCAAACAGAGAUUCAAUCUUGGCUGAAAGAGCUCCAAGACACAUGGGCCAAGUCAUUCAUCCCUCCCCAACUGCCCUCAUUUCCACACCUGCUGGUCUAAGCCAAACCCCUGCUAAAAUACAAACAAUCGGGGCCGCUGGCAAAUGAAAAUUGGAGCAUUGUCUUCCCCAUGAGGGCUCUGAAAGGGCCGCACUUAAUGAGGAUGGAUUGACAAAGAGGUGGCUCGUAGGCUAUAAAAGGCAUUCCACAGUCAGGAGCAGCUCAGUCCGGGGUGUGCUGUCUGUUCACUUGCUCCAAGCAUGGUCACGUCCCCUCACAGGCACCCCUUGAGGCUGGGUGGCCCGUGGCUACUGGGUCUCCUGGCACGCCUGCUGCUCUUGGGCUCUCCGGGUGCCUGGGCGAGCUACCUGAGGAGAUCCUCCAGCUGCCUGCCCAUCCCACACCGCAUGGCCUUGUGCUACGAUAUCGGCUACUCCGAGAUGAGGAUUCCCAACCUGCUGGAGCAUGAGACCAUGACAGAAGUCAUCCAGCAGUCUUCCAGCUGGCUGCCCUUGCUGGCCAGGGAGUGCCACCCAGACGCUAGGAUUUUCCUCUGCUCCCUCUUUGCACCGAUCUGCUUGGACAGGCUCAUCUAUCCCUGCCGCAGCCUCUGCGAGGCCGUCAAGAGAAGCUGUGCUCCCGUCAUGGCUUGUUACGGCUACCCCUGGCCCGAAAUCCUGAACUGCAACAAGUUCCCUGCAGAUCAUGAACUGUGCAUUGCAGCAGUCUCCAUGGAUGAAAAUUCCUCAAGCAGGAGAACAGUGCCCCGAGCCAGCUGUAAAGACUGUGAGCUUGAGGAGGCCAGCACUGCCAGGGAGAUCCUGGAAAGCCUCUGUGCAAAUGAUUUUGCAGUGAAAAUCCGAAUCCUGAGGAAGAACACCACCACCACCAUCUCCGACUUUGACCUGGACCCCUCCAAGGUGGAGGUGCUGAAGCAUGGCCCGCUCCUCAGAACUGAGAUCCCUGCCAGGCUCCAGCAGUGGCUGGAUAUAGAUGCCACCUGCGCCCACAACAUCAUGCGAGGCACUCAUGCAGGGGUCUUCGUUGUAAGUGGUGAAGUACAGAGUGACAAAGUGGUGGUGAACAAGGCCUAUGCCUGGCAGAAGAGGAACAGGAACCUGCACCAGGCAGUGCGGAGGUGGAAACAUCACCGCUGCCCCGAACAGGCGGGAUGGAAGGUCUGAGACAUCUCAGUUCCAGCAACAAGAAACUGCUCCCUUCCCUAUGGCUAGAAAACUCCUUUCCCUGGCAGGUGGUGUUUUGGAGACGCACAGUCGUAUUUCUAGGCAAUUUGAAGCAGUCAUAGUGCACAGGUAGGGCUUCACUACAGAUCCCUGUUUUACCAAGACAGAGCUACGGAUGCAGGUUUAACACGUUCCUCUCACAAGGCUCUGUAGAUCCAGGACGUGCUAUGUUCAGCUUUGCAUAGGAUCCAACAUCACACCAAAACUUAACUAUGCAGGUGAGGACAAACUAGAAGAAACCUUUAAUAACAAUUACUUCUAGUUCUCAUUAUCAGAGCUAGUAUUUCAGAUUCAUUAUUUGACCCUGGGACAUUGAUGCUGUCCAAGUGCCUGCUUGCUUUCUGUCCAGAGAUCACAUGAAAGUCUCCCUGACUGCUGUGAAGUGAUACUUUUUAUGUAAUGGAGCAAAUACUUUACUCUUGAACAGUCUGAGGUAAAUUAACGAGGAGAUGAAUCCCAUCACACCAGCUAUGCCCAGCCCCUUAAAAACUGCAUGCUGAACUCUGCUCUUGAGUCAGGCUGUCCCUUCAGCUUCCUGCGCUGAGAGCUGUUGAGCAUCUACAUAUGCUACAUAAGCCAUUCUUAAGUGGGAAAGGCACAGAGCAGAUAGCUGAGGGUUUCUACAUAACAGGGAAAACUAUUUUUCAACAUCAGAAAUUCAGUGUGGAUCAGAAGAUUCUGGUAACUGGGGAUAUCACAAGAACCUUGAGAAAAGCAGAGCAUGAGUGAGACAUCAACUGUUCAAAGCUCUGCUUUGGUGUGAACAGCAGCUUUGCUCGGCACUGGGAGCUGAGUCCCAGCCCCAGCACAGGAUAUUGAAGUUUUGAUACGGGAGCAGGGGAGAAAUCUUAGACAGCUGCCUGAUCUUCCACCUAUACAUGAGGAAAACAGAAAAUAUGGGAACACUCAAGUCUCACCAAGUUCUCUGCAGCUCCCUUCUCAUACAAGCAGGACUGUCAUUCCCUGCAGGGGUACAAACUGUGCUCCAGACAACUGAGCAGAAAACAACAAAUCCCCAAAUGAGGAAACAAGUUGGAUUUCUACCGCCUAACAAAGCACUGUCCAUGGAAAAUUUUCUAUAUUGGUUUAAGCCUGUGGCUGAAAUAAUAAUAAAAAAAAAAAGUGGAAUAAACAGCCUCUGGGGGGCAUGUUUUCUGCCUUGUUGAUGAUGCCUGCAGCGUUGGCCAUGCAGAGACAGGCAGUCUGCUGGAGACACAUUGCCUCCCCGUGUUCACAAGGCACACCAACAACCCACACUGCGGGCUCCUCCUCACCCUGGUGUGGGCUGAAACGAGCGCUCAGACACACACUGCAAUUCAGCUGCGCCCUGACAUUUGUGCAGUGAUUACUUCUCUUCCCUGAGGCUCAGAAGAAAAACACAGCCAUAUUUCCUAUUUUUAUUCCUCCCCAUUGUCUUGUCUUAGAAACUGCUACCCAAACCACAGAAUCUGCUGUCAGGUGGUCCCUGCAAUGGCAGUAUCCUCUGAACAGACCUCGUUUGGAAAACAGAACACAUAAAAGCUCUGAAGGUUGAAAAGGCUUUGUCUGAUUUGUUUUCCAUUAGUAGGGCUAUUUGAUUAUUAGUGUUUCCCAACUGAAAACGGCACAGAUGGUCUGACUUACAAGCUUUAGAAAUUAUGCCUUGUAGCAAGAGGGGUGAAAACAUAGGGCAGGGAUUUUUUCAUAGCUCCAUAAAAUAUGCUUGGGUUUCAUGCAGAUGUGACUUACCCACAACUAAAAACCAAACCCAAAGUUCCCCUAAGGUGACCAGCCCAUGCUCUGAAGCCCAGAGAACACUUUAAAUCAUUCAUGAGUGUCUGCUGCUGUGGUGCCACUGCAGCCUGCUCUGCUGAAAGCAAAGAUGACAGACGAGGCACUGUUUCCUUAAACCGGCUCUUGUAUUCUGCAGUACUUUGUGUUAAAUCCCCAGAAAUGCAAGUGUCUUUGUUAAGGGCUUCUGUAUUCACUAAACCCAACCAAGUGAAAUACACACUUCCAUUAAUUUAAGCAACAGAGAUGCAGUGACUUGGUUUUUUUAAAAUCAGUUGAAUUAGACUGGUACUGCUUGUAUAGACAGAGAAGUCUCUGGAAGUCUUUUAAAGUCAGAGCUGGCUCCUGGCAGGUUCAUCCACGAGAUAAGAACUGUCUUGCAACUUGCAGUUUCUAAAUAAGGGACUCCUUAUCAGAGGACAAAGGAGAACAGGCUCGUGGCAUCUCAAAUGGUGCACGUCUGUCACUGUCUGUGAUGGCAUCCUAAGGGAGCAAAGCUUUCCUCAAAACCAAUGGAGGUGCUGGAACAAGAAGCUAAAAAUUGCAGGAUUACUACUGCCAGGACAAAUCUGCCUUUUAUCAUCUUCAGCACCUUCCUUGUGGGCCAGGACCAGCUGUUUCACUUUAGUGGUACAAGAAAGGCAGGGAAAGAGGAAACAGGAGUUUUCCUGAGUGAAAACCAGAGCAAUCACCUUGGGGUUCUGGUGAUGACAUCAGUUUUGUGAUGCUGUGGGGUUAUCAGCUCCAGGUUGGUGUGUCUGUUUAGUGAAUGUCAGACAGAAAUCCACUACGAAACAUAGUGAGGUUUUCAGUGUAUAUGAUCUAUUUGGAAUCAGAAAAAUCCCUCUAUUUAUAUUAUUGAGAAAGCAUCUGAAAGAUUUUCUAUGCUGUCUUUUCAGAACAAUAGGUUUCUUCUGACUUUGCAAUAGUAGGAAUUUUGUAAUGAUUGAUUACCCUCACUCAAAUUAUUUAGCAUAUUGUCAGUGGCUUUCCAGAAUAUAGACUUCAAUUAGUGAGACUUGACCAGUGACAGCAAAACAUUACAGAAUGGUAAAGAAGAUUAAAAAAUAUCUGAAAGGCAGAUGUUGUGUGGUUGUGUAUCAGAGAGGCCAAAAAUAAAGAUAAAUCUAGAACAAGACACAAAAUGGUGGAAGACUUUAAAUCUACCAAUUCUCCUGUUACUCAUUUCCUUAGUGCUGAAGCAUCAAUACUAAAUUGUUUUACCAUAAUUUUUAAACAAAAGUUUGGGUAUCUCUUGUCCUUUCCUUAUACUCAGCAGCUUCUUCAAGGUUCUUGCCAGUGAUCUGCUGUUUAUCCUGGUAUUUUACAGAGAACCUGAAAAACCUGGGAAGGUUAAUCUUCCAAAUUUUUCAAAGUGGGCCAUCCAGAAUACGUAACCUCUGCUAAUUUUGCAUCAACAUACCUUAAACGAUACCACACUCUUUAACGCAGCCCCGAGGAACAGCAGCACAGGGAGGUGAUGCCAACACGCGGGAAGUCAUUUUCCCCCGAGUAGGUGUGAGACAGCGGCGGGUGUCAGCCAGACACGCACACACACCCCCCGCUCCGUCGUCAGGGCGGAAACCCCCCCGCUACCGGCGUGCCCGGGCCCGGCAGCGGCAGCCCCCGGCGGGG